AUGACAAACAUAAAUGAAUCAUGAAUCAGAACACACUUUCUUUCCUCCACUGAGUUUAGCCAUAGAACUAAGGGUGAAAAACUGAAGAAGCACAGUACAACAUAGCUAUCUUUGAAAUUUUGAAACUUACUAUUAAUCCUAUAUACAGUUAAGGCAGAAUAUGAUGGAUUUGGAAGAAACAGAAGAUGAAGAGAGGGAUACUAUUAUUACUAGUACAAGUCAACAACAUUGUAUGUUGGAGAAGGGACUCAAUGUAGGAAGGAAGAUGUUAGUUUUUGGUUUUGUAGCAAGUUCUGUUCCUCUUGUUGUUCCAGGUUUUUUAGUUGCUUCUGCUAUUGGUCUGGUAGUUUCUGUGCCUUGUUGUUUCUUCUUGGUUAGUCAUAGGUGCACUCAGAAUUUGAUGAGUAAGUUGUUACCUAUGCCUAGGCUUUCUCCUCAAGAUAUUGAUGUUACAUCUAUAGAUGAAGAGGAUGAAGCAAACAGCGAUAGCGAAAUAGUUGAUGUUAAUGAGGAAACUAUGAUAUUGGAUAAUGAUUAUGGACAAGGGGUUGUGAAAGAUGAGUUAGAGCCUGAAUUGUCGCAGCAUCAUUCAGGUGAUGCUAACAAUGUCAUUCAUGAUGAUGAAAAGAUGGAAGGAUACCUAAGUGGAGAAAGUUGUGAGGAGAGACUAUUGAGUAGAGGCACAAUUAUGGAGGGUUUUGAUGAAAUUGAAGAACUUAAAGCACCCUUUGAAUUUGGGGAUGCAACGGUUGUUUUAGAAGAAUGUGACGAUGAGGUGAAAGAGGGCGGUAUAGAAGAAGAAGAGAUGCAAAAAGAAACAAAAGGGCUAUUAGAAAAAAUUAGAGACGAGGGUAAGAAUGAUAUGAGAGGAAUUUCUAGUGGAUUAAGUGAAAAUGAUCAAGAUAUUGGUCAAGUUGUUGAAAACAUGGAAGAGAAACAGGAUUUGGGGACGGAUGGAGAAAUGUGGAACCAAGAAGAUUCAAAGGUAUACAAGGAGACGGUUCAGUCAAGAAACGACGAUAGUACGGAUAGUGUUUGCAUUGAUGUUGAAUCAUGUGAACCUACAAGGGGUAUAUUAGAGUUUGAGGAUGAUGGCUUGAAUGAUUCAAAGAAACCGGUGGAUGAAACUUCUGAGUUGCUCAAAGAAAUGCAUGUUCUUCAUGUUUUGGUAGCUGAGGACUCAUCUAAGGUUGAGGAACUUGAGCCUGCUAUAUCGGACCUUGUGAAUCAAGAAACAGAAUUGCGAGAAUAUAACAAAAGAAUUAACUCAUCAGGAGAUGCAAGAGAAAUUGCUGAUGCAAUUGAGUUUCACUUGUGUGACGAAAACAAAAUAGAUGAAAACAGAAUAGAUGCGGAAGCGUACACAUGUACACUUGAUUUGCAUGAAGAACCUUCAAAUGUGAAAGAGGAGUUUGAGCCUGAAUUGUCACAUCGUUCAAGUGAUGUCGAUAAUGUUGUCCAGCACAAUGGUUCUGAAGAAGACAACAAUGACUAUUUCGCUAAGGAGGAAGAGGAGGUGGAGGAGGAGCCUUCAUCACAAAAUCAUGAUGAUGAGAAGAUGGAUGGACACCUAAGUGGAGAAAUUAGUGAGGAGAGGCUAAUGAGUAGAGGCACAAUUAUGGAGGGCUUUGAUGAGACUGAAGAACUUAAAGCACCCUUUGAAUUUGGGGAUGCAACGGUUGUUUUAGAGGAAUGUGAAGAUGAGGUGAAAGAUGGUGAUAUAGAGGAAGAAGAGAUGCAAAAAGAAACAAAAGGGCUAUUAGAAAAAAUUCGAGACGAGGGUAGGAAUGAUAUGAGAGGAGAAUAUGCAACAAGAGUUUCUAGUGAAACAAGUGAAAAUGAUCAAGAUAUUGGUCAAGUUGCUGAAAACAUGGAAGUAGGACGGGAAGAGAAACAGGAUUUGAGGACGGACGGAGAUAUGAGGAACCAAGAAGAUUCAAAAGUUUACGAUGAGACGGUUCAUGAUGAUAAUACGGUUAGUGUUUGCAAUGAGGUGGAAUCAUGUGAACCUACAAGCGGUAUAUUAAAGUUAGAGGAUGAUGGUUUGAAUUAUUCAAAGAAGCCGGUGGAUGAAACAGCUGAUGAACCAAUUGGCGAUUUGCUGAUAGAAACGCAGGUUCUUCAUGUUAUGGUAGCUGAAGACUCGUCUGAGGUUAAGCAACUUGAGCCUGCUAUAUCGAAGAAAGGGGAAUUAGAUGAGAACAUAUCCAACCUUGUGAAUCAAGAAACAGAAUUGCGCGAAUAUAACAAAAGAACGAACUCGUCUGACGCAGAUACAGAUGCUAGAGAAAUCGCUGAUGGAAUUGAGUAUCACUCGUGUGACGAAAAUAGAAUAGACGCGGAAGCGCAUUCAUAUACAAUUGAUUUGCAUGAAGAACCUUCAAAAGUUACCGUUGACAUGCAUACAGAAUCGAUGGAGGUUCUUGUUUCGUCCGAAGAACUGGAGUCCACAUCAUCUAAAUGUUCUUCUGAAAAAAACAUUGUUUGCCCUUCUGAUGAGGUUCUAUUCAAUGAGGAGAACAUAUGGAAACAGAUUCAUGCCGUCCGAAAGGUAAUAGGAUAUGAAGGUACAAUCCAAGCAUCAUUAGCAGAUGAAUUGAAGGCUCUCUACAUCUUUACUGGAGUUGAACCUCCUACUUUCAGCAAGGAGAAUCCCUCCGACCCGGCCGAAAUCAAUGAAAAGCUUCAUUUUCUCAUGUCCAUAGUUGGAAUUAAGAUGACGGAUUUGCCUAGUGUUGGUGUGUGAGACAUGAGUAAAUUUCUUUUCUGAUUUGUAUAAUAAGCUUCAUUGUGUUUUCUUUCUAAUUAACUAUGUCUCUAGGGGUUCUUUUUAUGUUUGUAAUAAUGCAAGUGGAAGAGUAUGUUGGAGUGUUUUUAGUUUUUCUUCA